UCCCUCUCUCCAAUAAACAAAUCUUCCUCCAGUAGAAGAAGACGACACAGUUGUGAACUAUUAAAAUCUCUCUUUUUCUCUCUCUCUCUGACUGUUCGUGUCUCUAUGUAUAUAUGCAGAGACAGACAGAUUUACUAUAUAUAUUUCUCCCACCUUCUGAAACGCUUCCUCUAGUGAUCUUUCAGCUUGCAGAGCUUAUUCCCAGAUGGGUUGGUGUUGAUUUGUUCACACAGAUCGAGGAACGCAGAGAUUGGACUGAUCAUAGUAUUUUUUGUCCUUUUGAGGUCUCCCAGGCAGCUUUCCCGCCUUCUGAGCUACAACGAAAUGAAUUCAUUCCUCUGAAGAAGUGUGUUCAUUGAUUUCUCUGGGGGUGUAAGAAUACGAUGAACACCAGAGUCCGGACAACUUUGCAGUCUAUGAAAGCUCCAAUGAAGAAUGAAAAAGAAAAGGUAAAAAUGCAGAGAAGCAAGGUAUUGGAUUCUGAGAAACAGACCACAAAUCGACGAUGUUCGAUCAGAGAGAGGAAAAUGGCAUUGCAACAAGAUGUUGAUAAACUCAAGAAGAAGCUGAGACAUGAAGAGAAUGUUCACAGAGCUUUGGAGAGGGCAUUUACCAGACCUUUGGGAGCUCUACCUCGUCUUCCUCCUUAUCUUCCUUCUUGUACAUUGGAGCUUCUUGCUGAAGUAGCUGUUUUGGAAGAGGAGGUUGUGCGGCUCGAAGAACAGGUUGUGCAUUUCAGGCAAGGAUUGUAUCAAGAAGCUGUCCACAUUUCAUCCUCCAAGAGGAACAUGGAUGAUUCAGCUGAUUUAUACGACCCAUAUCACAUUAUUGAUUCCAAACACCAGCAAUCCAUGUCGUUACUGCAAACUGAAGCCAAUUCAGCAACAUCUGUGGGGAGGCAUUGCACUUCUCUCCGUGAUGAUGCAAAGGGAAAAGAGAAUCAAUCGUUUACUAAUGCCACAAGAAACAAGCAUCAAUCACCAAAUUUGAAAGCCCAGACUGUCAGAACUCCGGUUAAAAGACCUCCCAUCGAGUAUAGAUCAGCAGAGAAGCGUUUAAAUCCUCAGAAAUUACAGCUAGAAGGCAGCGUAAUUGACCAUGAAAGUGCAGAAGGGAGGACUCAGCCUAGUCGGGAUGAAAGAUUGUCAGAUGAUGAUACUCCAAAUAAGAUUUCAGAGAGCACUUUGAAAUGCUUAUCAAGCAUUUUCUUAAGAAUGAGCUCAAAAAAGGGUAGGAGUAUGGUAGAGCGAUUACCUUCAUUAGCGACACUAACUUCAUCGGAAGGCUUUGAGGGUACAGAGUUUAAGGAUCCUUAUGGUAUCUGUUCAAAAUUUCGGAAGAGAGACAUGGGUCCUUAUAAGCAUUUAUUUGCAAUUGAAGGCACCUCAAUCAAUCCAAACCAAACAACAAUUUCAGUGUUCUUAGUUCGUAGAUUGAAACUCCUACUUGGGAAACUUGCAUUGGUUGACUUACAGGGCCUUAACCAUCAAGAGAAGCUUGCUUUUUGGAUCAACACUUACAAUUCGUGCAUGAUGAAUGCCUUUCUAGAACAUGGAAUACCAGAGAGCCCUGAGUUGGUAGUUGCACUGAUGCAAAAGGCAACAAUCAAUGUUGGGGGCCACUUGCUGAAUGCAAUAACCAUCGAACAUUUUAUACUGAGGCUUCCUUAUCACUCCAAAUAUACUUUUGCCAAAGGUACAAAAAGUGAUGAGAUGAUGGCACGUAGCAUUUUUGGAUUGGAGUUGUCUGAACCAUUGGUGACAUUUGCGCUAUCCUGUGGAAGCUGGUCCUCCCCUGCUGUGAGAGUGUACACCGCAUCUCAGGUAGAAAACGAAUUGGAAGUGGCAAAACGAGAGUAUUUACAGGCAGCAGUUGGCAUUUCGAUGACAAAGAAAAUGGUAGCAAUCCCAAAGCUGUUGGAUUGGUAUUUGUUAGAUUUUGCAAAGGACUUGGAGUCAUUGCUUGAUUGGAUAUGCCUUCAACUACCAAAUGAACUUGGAAAAGAAGCGAUGAAGUGCCUUGAGAGAGGAAAAAGUGAACCUCUUUCUCAGUUUGUCCAGGUUAUGCCGUAUGAGUUUAGUUUCAGGUACCUUUUAUAUACAUAAAAGAAUUUUUGUUUAGGUAGACUUUGGUCUGCACAAUUUCGAGGGCAUUGGAGUUAUGGUGUUUGUACAGUUAUAGGAUGAAUACUUAGUGAAAUUAAAUACAUAAUACUUGUGGAAGGUAUGUUUAUUAUGUAAAAGGGUUGUAACUAGUUGUUCAUUGUACUUGCUUUUGGGAAGCAAUUUUAUUAUUUUACACAAUGUCACAAGCAAUUUCUUUAGUCCUUUUUUCUUAUUAUUGAUAAUUCAUGUUAAG